AUGGAGGCGCUUAUUCCCGUUAUCAACAAGCUCCAGGAUGUGUUCAACACCGUGGGAGCAGACAUUAUCCAGCUUCCACAGAUAGCUGUAGUAGGCACCCAGAGCAGUGGGAAGAGCUCCGUGCUGGAGAGUCUUGUGGGCCGGGACCUUCUCCCCCGCGGGACUGGGGUGGUGACCAGACGGCCUCUUAUCCUGCAACUGUUACAUUUGGAUCCUGGAGAUGCAUUGAAAAGUGAUGAUGGCAGAGGUGAAGAGUGGGGCAAGUUCUUGCACACUAAAAACCAGAUAUUCUCCAAUUUUGAUGAAAUUCGUCAAGAAAUUGUGAACGAAACAGAGCGUGUGUCCGGUAAUAAUAAAGGCAUUAGUGAUGAGCCCAUUCAUCUGAAGAUAUUUUCUCCUCACGUUGUCAACCUCACCCUGGUGGAUCUGCCAGGGAUCACAAAGGUGCCGGUGGGUGACCAGCCCAAGGACAUCGAGGUCCAGAUAAGAGAUCUGAUCCUGAAACACAUCUCCAACCCAAACUGCAUCAUCCUGGCCGUCACCGCCGCCAACACGGACAUGGCCACUUCUGAGGCGCUCAAAGUGGCCCGAGAGGUUGACCCCGAUGGAAGGAGGACCCUGGCUGUUGUGACCAAACUGGAUUUGAUGGACGCUGGGACUGAUGCUGUGGACGUCCUAAUGGGCAGAGUUAUUCCAGUUAAACUUGGUAUUAUUGGAGUUGUGAACAGGAGCCAACUUGAUAUCAACAAUAAGAAGUCUGUAGCUGAUUCAAUUCGAGAUGAACAUGCGUUUCUGCAGAAGAAAUAUCCAUCUUUAGCAACAAGGAACGGAACCAAAUAUCUGGCCAGGACGCUGAACAGGUUACUGAUGCAUCACAUCAGAGACUGCCUCCCAGAGCUCAAGACACGGAUCAAUGUGUUGGCAGCGCAGUACCAGUCCCUGCUCAACAGCUAUGGAGAACCUGUAGAAGACCAGAGCGCCACACUGCUUCAGCUCAUUACCAAGUUUGCCACAGAAUACUGCAACACCAUCGAAGGCACAGCCAAGUACAUCGAGACUGCAGAGCUGUGCGGGGGAGCCAGAAUCUGUUACAUAUUCCACGAGACUUUUGGCAGAACACUGGAGUCAGUGGAUCCUCUGGGAGGACUCAGCACUAUAGAUAUUCUCACUGCCAUAAGGAAUGCCACAGGUCCACGGCCGUCCCUGUUUGUGCCGGAGGUGUCCUUUGAGCUGCUGGUGAAGAAGCAGGUGAAACGUCUGGAGGAGCCCAGUCUGAGAUGUGUGGAGCUGGUGCAUGAGGAGAUGCAGAGGAUCAUCCAGCACUGCAGUAACUACAGCACGCAGGAGUUGCAGAGGUUCCCAAAGCUCCAUGAAGCCAUAGUGGAAGUGGUCACGUCCCUGCUGAGGAAAAGGCUACCCAUCACAAAUGAAAUGGUUCAUAACUUAGUAGCCAUAGAACUCGCCUACAUCAACACUAAACAUCCUGACUUUGCUGACGCAUGCGGAGUUAUGAAUAAUAAUAUUGAGCAGGAGCAGCGGAGGAACCGGAUGAGGGAGCUGCCUGCUUCGGUCCCCAGAGAUAAGUCUGUUGGCAAAGGCCCGGCCGUGGUCCCUGGCGAGCACUCGGUGGUUGGAGCAGACAUGGAACGGGCCAAGGCCCCAGCAGGAGGACCCCAGCCUGAGCAGGACGGCACGGGGAACUGGAGAGGGAUGCUGAAAAAGGGAGAGGAGGCCCCAAACUCGGGGCCCGGAAGUCCUCUCAGGGGAGCAGUCAACCUACUUGACGUGCCUGUGCCAGUCGCCAGGAAACUGUCUUCACGCGAGCAGAGGGACUGUGAGGUCAUCGAACGCCUCAUCAAGUCCUAUUUCCUGAUUGUGCGCAAGAAUAUUCAAGACAGUGUGCCCAAAGCUGUGAUGCACUUCUUGGUGAACCAUGUGAAGGACAGUCUGCAGAGCGAGCUGGUGGGACAGCUGUACAAGUCUGGCCUCCUCAACGACCUGCUCACAGAGUCCGAGGACAUGGCCCAGAGGCGCGGGGAGGCGGCCGACAUGUUACAGGCGCUGCAGAAGGCCAGCCAGGUGAUCGCGGAGAUCCGAGAAACCCACAUGUGGUGA